CAAAGAUCUGGCAACAGGAACUGCCGCUCCAUGGCCCAGUCGCUGUUCUUCUGCAACAGUCCAACGAAUGUCGACGCAGGAGAGGUUAAGCUUCCCUCCCACCUGCCGUCGACUGCCGGCCUCCCACCGCCACCACAGUCGCCUGACGAGCAUGGCUUCGGACGAGAACUCGACUCAUGGUACACACUCUUACUCACGCACGCACACACGUACACAAACAGAUCAGGUGCAGAAUGUCUGUCUGUCUGUGCGCAUGUGUGUGUGUCUGUGUCUGUGCAGGGAGACCAACUGGGACGUGCUUCAUGCCGCUGGAGCAAAGAUCGGGAGGCCGCUCUUCAUCGAGAAUGCCGUGAGCGUCAUCACGACUGAGCCCUUUCACAUCGAUGAUCUGCGUGAGGCCGGGCGGCAGCUCAUGGAGCAUCACGCCGCCCUGAGGGCGAGAAUACAUCUGGACGCGAGCAGCGGGCGCAUCGCGCCCAUAUGGGCGGAGACCAUUGAGGCACCUGGUACAAUCCACACGCACCGGCAGACCAGACCUGCGUGUCGUUGAUUCUCUCUCUGUCUGUGUGAUGCUGGCUGCAGACAUUGAGAUGUCACCGUGCCGUGACUGGGAAGAAGCGCUUCGCUACGAGCAGCUGUUCGCCCUGCCCACCACCACAGGGCCCCUCUGGCGGAUGAGAGUGCUCACUGCCACACCCACCACGCACAAGAUGAGACGGGUACGCGAAGCGCACAUUCACGUAGAGCCAACCUCCCACCCACCCCGUGUUACUUCUGUGUGUGUCAGGGCUCGGUUCUCCUGCCGUCGUGUCGCACGUGGCUGCUGGGCGUCUUCCACCACGCUAUCAUGGACGGCAUGGCUCGACAGCAAUUCUGGAAAGACUUCCUCAACGCCGCAUACAAGCUGGCGCGCAAGCGGACGAUGGCGCGUCGAGGCAGCCGGGUGUUCCACUCGAGCAGCACCCUCGACUCCCUCCUCGGGGCCGAGACAACGCUCCAAACGGACGAGCCCCUCCCGGCCCCCGUGUCGUCUGUGAUGCCGAGCACCUUUGUCGGCUCCCUGACGGUGCCCAUAUAUCGGAUGGGCGACAGAUUCGCCUUCUACGUCGGGAAGGGUCUGACCAUGUUCUUUCGCAAGAUUGCGGUUCACAAGAAGAACCCCUUCUCUGCCGUUUUUCCCGCGCACAAAUACGGCGACGCGCGCGAGGUUCGCAACGCUAUGCAGCGAGUGAAGGAAAGGCUCAUGAGCUUAUCUGCGGACAGAUCUCACUGACUGGGCUGUAUGGUGUGUGUGGUGAUGGUCAGGUUGCGCACACGUCGGUGGUGCCGCUCAUGUUUGAUGCGUCCACGACCAAGAAGCUCAUCCAGACAUGCAAGCAGCGCAAGGUGCCCCUCAACUCCGUCCUGACGGCCGUGGCGGCCGCGGCCAUCGCCCAGAUGAUCAACAGGGAGGAUCGGCCCACAUCCUUGUACACCACACAAGCCAUCAGCACGAGACGCUGGAUGCACAAGAAGGGAGACGAGAAAGCAGCAGGAGCCGGCACGCCCCCCAUCACCCCCACAUCAUCGAAUGCCGACGGCCAUCAGCACCAGCAUCAGCAUCAGCCCGACCUCGUCAUGAGCAUGCCCAGCCCGGUGCUGCUCACCCCGAGCUGCGACACGUGCCGGCGAGAGGGCAUCGCUGCCGCCCCUUCACCCGCCGCGCCCCAACGUGCCGCAUCCUCUCUCGAGAAGCAUGCACAUGCAGCCCCCGCCACAUCCGGUGCCUCAUCCCUUCCGCGACUGGGGUGCUUCACGUGUCUGAUGGGCCUGGGUCUGGAGGUGCCAGCACAUGCACUUUCGCAGCCCGAUCGGUUCUGGGAGUUUGCGAGCAUGGACAACAGGCGCAUCCACAGCAGGAUCGACCGCCCUGACCCGACGGAUGCAUGCGGUGACUGGCACGUCGUCACAAAUUUCCUCAAGACGUCUGCGGUCAGCGGUCGGCUGGACAACAUGGUCGACCUAGUGGGACCCGAGCAGCGGCCGUCAGUCUUUCUCAUCUCGGUAAGCACGCGGACAGGGGGACAGGAAAGCCACCACCGUGGCUCACUGGGACACGUCUGAUCAGAACACGGGCAUGUGUCUGUCAGAACACGGGCAACUGGGACACGACCGACCUGCGCAAAGGCAAAGGAGCUGCCGCCCGUGGCCCUCGGCAGCCCACCAUGCUCGCAGGCCUCUCCCGCUACCCUUGCACGCCCACAUGCACCAACACACCCCUUGAGAUCAUCCCUGAGCACGACCACGACCUGGACAACGGGCAAGGGCAUGAGGAGGAAAAGGCGAGCGCCGCGGCGACCGAGGAGGCGGCAAUGGGUCGGUGGAGGGGUGAUUUUGAGAUGGAGAUCGAGAGCAGCUGGUCGUGUGUGAGCCAGCACGGUGUCGGCAACAGUCUUUUCUCCCACAACCUGGUCACCAUCUCGGGCAGACUCAACUGGUCCCUGCAGGUCAGCAGACAGCCAGAAACACACACACACACACACACACCCCCUCACUGCAUCCGGAUGUGUGGGGUGUGUGGUAUCUAUUGUCCAUCAGUAUGAGUCCAACCUAGUCAACCGCUGCCUUGCGGAGAAGUACGCCAAGACGAUACACGACAACGUCAUGAAGUUGUUGGACCUCCAGCCAGAUGCCGAGCAGGGCUUCCCCGCGUUUCUCAUGCCGCACGGCAGCAAGGCCGCGGCGAGCGAGGCGCACACCGAGGAGUCGACGGAAGCGCUUCAGUAGUAGAUUUGGUGAACAGGGAGGAGGAGUGCAGGUGUUGUAAUGUCAUUUUCGUGCUUUUGUGAUGGGUGAUAGCUAAAGGGGAGCCGUAUCUGACGCGUGAUGGGAUACAUGAGUGCGCUUGUUUUACAUGCUGCUUUAUUGCGGCCUGGGUGCCCUGCCUUGCCUGGUCAGGCAGUCGUCUGUGUGUCCUUCUGAUGCACGUACACGUGGAUUCAUGCGGGUCUAUCUCUCUUCCUGUUGUACUGAGCACUCUGCUGCUGAAGAUGAUGACACACUCGCCGUCAAAGAAGGUUCUCAACAAA